ACCUUUCGGAUUUUUCCUGAAAAACUAGACUUUUUAAAUCCACCGUUCGCUCCCCCUCUCUCUCCCUCCCCCACCAACAGCAGAAGAGCGAAGCGGCAGAAUAAGAAGAAGAAGAAGAAGAAGCAGCUCCAUUCCAAUGGCGGCUUCCACGGCGGGAUCCUCUCUCUCCCUUCGAUCCCGAAUCUCCUCCCCCGAAUCCCCUCGCCUCAAUCCCCCACCGCGCGCGGCCCGCGUCGCCGCCGGCGGGCGCCGCCCGAGGCCGCCGCGCGCCGCGUCGCUCUCGAUGGCGGCGGCGCCGAAGGAGGAGGGGGAGGGCGGCGGGAUCGGCGCGAGGAACGGGGCGUCGCGGGCUCUGGAACUGAGCCGGGCCUUCGAGGGCUCGGGCGGCGAGAAUGUCCAGAGGGACGCGCAGUUGCUGCCCAGGCCUUUGUCUUCGAUACAGAGCUCCAAUCCCAGCUCCGACGGAUCUCGCCUCCGCGUUGCGUACCAGGGAGUCCGCGGCGCGUACAGCGAGUCCGCGGCGGAGAAGGCUUAUCCGAACUGCGAAGCCGUGCCGUGCGAACAAUUCGACACCGCUUUCCAGGCUGUUGAAAAAUGGCUAGUGGACAGAGCAGUUCUCCCAAUUGAGAAUUCAUUAGGUGGAAGCAUUCACCGAAAUUAUGACCUUUUAAUCCGGCACAGGUUGCAUAUAGUUGGGGAGGUGAAGCUUGCUGUAAAGCAUUGCUUAUUAGCUAAUCAUGGUGUUGAAAUUGGAGAUUUGAGGCGGGUUCUUAGCCAUCCACAGGCUCUUGCACAGUGUGAGCACACUCUGACGAAGAUGGGCCUAGUCAGAGAAGAAGUAGACGAUACUGCUGGUGCUGCAAAGCAUGUUGCUUUCCACAAUCUAAAAGAUGCAGGGGCCGUUGCUAGCGCUGCUGCAGCCAAAAUCUAUGACUUGAAUAUUCUUGCUAGAGACAUUCAGGAUGAUUCUGAUAAUGUUACUCGAUUCCUUAUGCUGGCGAGGGAACCCAUUAUUCCUGGCACCGAUAAGCCCUUCAAGACAAGUAUAGUUUUCUCACUGGAGGAGGGUCCGGGAGUCCUUUUUAAGGCCCUUGCUGUUUUUGCACUACGGCAAGUCAACCUGACAAAGAUUGAAAGUCGUCCAUUGAGGAAGCAAACUGUGCGAACACCUGAUGAUAGCAGCAAUGGCGCUCCAAACAGAUACUUCGACUACCACUUCUAUGUUGAUUUUGAAGCAUCCAUGGCUGAUGUAAAUGCACAGAAUGCCUUGAGGCACCUUAAUGAGUUUGCUACAUCACUGAGAGUUCUGGGAAGUUAUCCAGUCGAUACUAGCAUGAUUUGAGAGGGCCACUACCCUGAUAUGUGCUGUUGGAGGCUCUUGUGAGACGCGAGAAGUGGUUAAGCCUUAGUUUGAUCCGGAGGAAUCUCAUUCCUUCUAUGAAGUUGUUAGGACAAAGGCUGCGUUUAUUGUUUUUGUUUUAAGUUUGUCCACAUUCUAGCAGGUUAUUAAAUUGAACAAGAAAAUGUUAAUAGGUCUUUUGUCAUUGUGUGACUUCGAAACGUCAAUAAGAAUAAGAUUAUUUAUUCUUUGCAA